CAGCGGCGGCUGCGAGGGGGAGCUCUUUCUCGCCUGCGCGCUUUGUGUGUGAUGCUGCUGCGAGCUGCGGCUGCUGCCCUGCUGCGUUUCUUCUUGCCUUCAUCCGGCUUCGUCCCCUUUCUCGGCUGCAGCCAUGAAGACCAUUCUGUCUACCCAGACUAUGGACCUUCCCGAGGGAGUCAAGGUCGAAAUUAAGGCCAAGCAGAUUAGGGUUUCGGGUCCUCGCGGUACGCUCACUCGUAACUUCAAGCACCUGAACCUCGACUUCCAGCUGCAGGAGGGCGGCCGUAAGCUUCAGGUCGAUGCUUGGUUUGGCACCCGCAAGACCAUGGCUGCAAUUCGCACUGCCAUCAGCCAUAUCAACAACUUGAUCACCGGUGUUACCAAGGGUUACCGCUACAAGAUGAGGUUUGUGUACGCCCAUUUCCCCAUCAACGCCAGCAUUGGUGGUGACAAGGAUAACAUCGAGAUCAGGAAUUUUCUGGGCGAGAAGAAGGUACGGAAGGUAGACAUGCUUCAAGGUGUGACUGUUACCCGUUCAGAGAAGGUUAAGGAUGAGCUGGUUUUAGAAGGAAACGAUAUUGAGCUUGUAUCUCGAUCUUGCGCUUUGAUCAACCAGAAAUGCCACGUGAAGAAGAAAGACAUCAGGAAGUUUUUGGAUGGUGUCUACGUUAGUGACAAGGGAACCAUGGAUGCGGAGUAAAAUCGUGUAAUCCAUCUCCAAAGGCCACUUCAAUCCUCCCUUCAAUUUGGGACUUUUGUGCUGAGCAUUGCUCUGGAAAGGGUGAUUAAUGUAUUUUAUCGAGAAUCCUUGCAUGCCUUCA